AUGGUUGCUACUGAUUGGAAUAUUAUGGAUGUGGGGAUUAUAAGCUCCAAUGGCCCAAACUGGAAUGCACAGAGAGCUUUCUCAAUAUCCAAAUUACGGGAGUUUGGUUUUGGAAAACAAAGUUUUGAAUCGAGCAUCAUCGAUAAAUUGAAUACAUUUUUGCAAUGGAUACAGCAAAAUGAAAUUCAAGAGCACCAAAAUACCUUUGAUGAAGGCAAUAUCAGGGACUUCAUAGACGUGUACUUGAAAGAGAUGAAGAUACAAGAAAGAAGUACAAAGGAUCGGCUGGCUUCUAUAUUAACAGAUUUAUUUGGGGGAACCGAGACUACAUUUACAGUGAUAAAAUGGACGAUUUUACUGUUACUUAACAAAAUGACAGUUCAAAAUAAAAUGAGACAAGAAAUUGAAGAUGUUGUAGGAUCUGGACGACUUCCUACACUUGCCGACAAACCUAAAAUGAAAUAUUGUGAGGCAGUUAUCCAUGAAACAUUAAGGUUUGGUAAUGUCGCACCAUUGUCUCUUCCUCAUCUUGUGUCAGAAAAAAAUGUCUACAAAGAUUUAUAUGUUAUACCAAAAGGAAGUGUUAUACCAUGUUUGGACUCGGUUGCUUUUGAUGAAACAUGCUUUCCAGAGAGCCAUGUCUUCAAACCUGAACGAUUCAUAGAUGAAAAAGGAAACCUUUGUAAUCAAGAUAAAAAUGUUAUCUUUUCAUUAGGAAGACAAGUGUGUCCCGGAGAAUCCUUGGCAAGAAUGGAGCUAUUUCUAUAUAUUACAUCAAUGGUUCAACGAUUUGAAUUGUUGCCAGUGGAAGGAGAGAUUCCACCUCCAGUUGAUCCAAUAAAGGGCCUCGUAAACACUCCUCAGACAUACAAGUUUCGGGCUAUCCCUAGACAAUAA